UUCUUUUUUUCUAUCAUAAUCACAUUGGUAUGUUGGAUCAUCAGAUUUUAACAUAACCCUGUGACCCUUAAUAUAAAAUAGGUCGUAUGUAGAUAUAAUUGGUAAAAUUAUGUUCUCACAAACAUGCAAACCAAGAGUUUCUGAUUCCAUUGGCCCCUUGAUGUAUGCUUUUUUCACUGUUGACACUCUAUGUUGUAUUAUUAGUGAUGUUGCAUCUGCAAGAAGUGUACAUUUCCUCUUGCACCAUAUCUUUUGCAUCUCUCAACUAUUACAUUUCAACCAAAUCACCUUAUCAUAAGACACAAACCAUAGUCCAUAAAUAACAAGCUAAAACUCUCAACCAAAUCAUCUUACAAUGGCUGCAGUGUUUUGGGCAUUGGCUUUGGCAAGCCUGUGCUACCCUUUAGCUUCGAUUAAUGCUCAAUCACAUGCCGCUGCACCAUCAAAGUGGCCAACCACAAGCCAAUCUGCACCCUCCACAUUGGCAACCACAACUCCGUCUGCAGCUUCUAAAUGGCCAAUUGCAACUUCUCCAUCUGUAGCCAAACAACAACCUGUUGUGGCAGCAGCAACUCCUGAUAGUAGUACAAAGAUACCAUAUGUGGCAGCUUCUCCUACAUGGAACAAACCCCCAACCACGGUCACGGCAGCAGCACCUUCCAAAUUACCAACCAUAAUAAUCCCGGCUGCACCUUCCAAGGCGCCGGUUCCAAAAGUCACAACUCCAACCGCGCCUUGGACGUCACAGAUACCCAAAGUCACAACUCCAACCGCGCCUUGGACGUCACCGAUACCCAAAGUCACAAUUCCAACCGCGCCUUGGACGUCACCGAUACCCAAAGUCACAACUCCAACCGCGCCUUGGACGUCACCGAUCCCCAAAGUCACAACUCCAACCUCGCCUUGGACGUCACCGAUCCCCAAAGUCACAACUCCAACAUCUUCGCCAUGGAAGUCACCGAUCCCCAAAGUCACAACAACUCCAACAUCUUCGCCAUGGAAGUCACCAAUCCCCAAAGUUACAACAACUCCGACAUCUGCUCCUGUGAAGUCACCGGUUCCUAAAUUAACAUCUCCAACAUCUUCCCCUGUUAAGUCACCAGUUCCAAAAGCUUCAACUCCGACAUCCGCUCCCGUGAAACCGAUAGUUCCAAAAGCUACAACCCCGACAUCCGCUCCCGUAAAAGCGCCAGUUCCAAAAGCUACGACUCCGGCUUCUGCUCCUUUGAAACCACCAGUUCCAAAAGCUACCACUCCAAUAUCUGCUCCUUUGAAACCACCGGUUCCAAAAGUUAUCACUCCAAUAUCUGCUCCUUUGAAACCACCAGUUCCAAAAGCUAUCACUCCAACAUCUGCACCUGUGAAACCAAUAGUUCCAAAAGUAAAACCUCCAACAUCUGCACCUGUGAAAUCACCAGUUCCACACCCUCCAAAACCCGCUCCUGCAAAACUGCCAGUCCCCAAGGUUACACCAGCAUUAAGCCCUAAAAUCCCAUCUCCUAAAAGUCAUCCACCACCACACCCACCCAAAAAAGCACCUGUUUCUCUACCACCCGUUUCGCUUUCACCAUUACCACUGCCACCAGCUUCUUUACCACCAAAGGUAUCCCCAGCCCCUGCAAAAGCCCCAAAAGCACCAGCACCAGCCAAGGAAACACCAGCACCAGCACCUGCACACAAAAAGAAAGCACCAGCACCAGCACCAGCACCACAUCACAAAAAGAAAGCACCAAUAUCAUCACCCGUUCCUUCCCCAGCAGUUAUCCCACCAUCACCUGCACCAACGCCUGCAAUAGACACACCAUCAUCAGCACCAGCACCAGCACCCGAAGAUGACGCGCCAGAACCACCACCCCACAAGCACAGGAGAAGAAGACACAAGCAUAAGCAUAAGAGACAUCACACACAAUCUCUAGCUCCAGAACCUACAAGUUCAACAAUCAUCAGGAGGAGUCCUCCAGCACCACUAGCUGAUGAUACUACUCCAGCGGAUUCAGAUGAAACACCAUCACCAGCACCCAGUCCCAACACAAAUGGUGCAUCAUCACACCAAGGGCAAUGGAGAGAAAUGCUGUCAACUAGUGUACUUACUAUUGCCAUUUUGUUAUGUGUCACUUGAGUACCUGCAUCAGAUGCCAUAUAUACCAA